CACAAAGUGAAAAGCCAUACUUCGUAUGGUGUAUGACUGACAGCAAUGGCACCAUCAAAUCAGAUGGAUGUGAAUGUACAGCGGAUGACGGUGGUUGUAAACACGUGGUAGCUCUCCUGUUUAGCUUAGUUGAGUGGAGUGAGAGGCAUACCGACAGGAACACAGCAACAUGUACAGAUGUCCAGUGUUUGUGGGACAAGCCGAGAAGAGAGUCAAAGCCCAAAAAACUUGAUGAUAUUAGUAAAUCUGACAUUAAUAGGGUCUAUCCUUACACACAUAUCUAUCAUCCUAUUCAUGAGGAAAAUGUUACAGAUGAUGAUUUUGAAAUGGACAUUUUUGAGCUUGUUAAGAAUUAUGAUACACAAAUCAUAGAAGUUUUAGACAAAGAUUGUACAAAUAAUAAUAAUGUUAAUGAACCUCAACCUGUACCAUUACUUGCUUUAUCAUAUAGACAAAGUAAAUGUAGUAUGCCAUUUGUCAAAUUUAUGCAAGAAAGUAUAGAUAAGUCAGCUUGUAUGGAGAUUGACACUUUAACUGAGGGUCAGAGUGAAAAUGUGAACUGGUUUAAGUAUAGAGUAGGCAGAGUUACUGCAUCAAUUGUGCAUGAUGUUGUUAAAUAUAAAGGAGACAAUGUCUACAACUCUAUUGUUAAAAAGAUUUUAACUGAAAAGUUAGAUGUCUCAAGUCCUGCAAUUUUAUAUGGGAGAGAAAGAGAGUCAUUAGCACGAGAAUUGUAUGAUACUCAAUGUAAAACUGAUCACUGUAAACACAAUGUAAAAAUUCCAGGUCUUUUGGUAAAUCCAAAAUAUCCAUAAUAUAUUGCUGCAAGUCCCGAUGGUGUUGUUACUUGUGAUUGUUGUCGGAAAACUUUAUUAGAAAUCAAAUGUCCAUAUAAAUACAGAUAUUGCACUGUAGAUCAAAUUUGUAGAGAAAAUUAUCACAUUUUUCUAGAUUCAAAUAAUGAAAUGAGGCUUAAGCACACCUCUCCAUGGUAUUAUCAGAUUCAGUGUCAGUUAGCUGUUGCAGAUUUAUUGUAUUGUGAUUUUGUGAUGUACUUAGAGGGUGUAGCAGCUUGUAAACACAAAAUUCAUGUUGAAAGGAUUGAGUUCAAUGCACAGUUCUGGGCAGAAUGUUUGAAAAGUAUUAAUUCAUUUUAUGAAAAAUUUGUUGUCCCAAGACUGUUGUCUGAAUAAAUAUUUACACAAAAUGAUACUGCACAUUUUCUUGAUUCAGCUACAAUGUUCUGUGAAUCAAUAUUAGAGCAUGUACGUAAACUGUUAUGUAAAUCAUUUUAUGCAUGUACUGUACAUGCAUAAAAUGUACAGUACAUGCAAGUAUCGUAAUAAGCAUGUAUUUUUCAGUUUUUCCUAAUGCUUCCUUUUUAUGAUUUCAUCAUCUCCAUGAUUCAAAAUUGUUAAAAAGAAUACUAAAUUCUCUUGUUUGAAUCUUUAUUAAUGUACCG